AUGGGGCAAAAGUAUGCGAUACAAUUAAAGAUGAUUCGUUUUGGGAUGAUGUUGAAAGCGUUUUGGCUCACUAAACCCAUCUUUCUUCUUAUAAAGUUUUGUGAUGGUGAAGGCCGUAAAAUGGGUGAGAUUUAUGAGAGGAUGGAUAAUAUGAUGGGGAAAAUCAAAGACAUAAUGCAAGAAAGUACUUAUGCAAGCUAUUAUGAACAAGUGGAGAAGAUAAUUUUAACUAGGUGGGAGAAGAUGAGUAUCCCACUACAUUGUUUGGGGUUUGCAUUAAACCCACGCUUUUAUGAUAGACGAUAUCUUCAAAAAAUGGCACCCGGUGGUAUGCACAAGAAACCACCAAAUCUUGACAAAGAGGUUAUUCAAGGUGUCAUGGAAUCCUUCAAUAGAUUUUCUGAAAAUGAAGAGGAGGGACGCUUGUUACGAGAGCAAUUCAUAACAUUUCAUAUGAAGAAAGGUAUCUACUCUAUCGCAGAAACACAAACGGAUGCUUUAACAAUGGAUCCAAUAGAUUGGUGGUCAACCUAUGGAGCCGAAACCCCGAAUUUGGCGUUGUUAGCAAAGAAGGUACUUUCACAACCUAUUAGUAGCUCAUCCAUGGAAAGGAAUUGGAGUACAUAUUCUUAUAUUCAUAAUGUGAAAAGAAACCGGUUGAAUGAAAAAAGAGCUGAUAAAUUGGUUUACAUUCACUCAAACAUUCGACUCCUAUCUCGUUUCCACGAAUCAUACAAAUUCGGCCCACACAAAAAGUAG